AUGCAGAACGACGAGGGACAGAACAUGGACCUUUACAUCCCGAGGAAGUGCUCUGCUACUAACAGGCUGAUCACUUCCAAGGAUCAUGCAUCUGUUCAGCUCAACGUUGGGCAUUUGGAUGAGUCUGGCCGAUACACUGUCCAGUUCACCACUUAUGCACUCUGUGGAUUUAUUCGUGCCCAGGGAGAUGCCGAUAGUGCUCUUGAUAGGCUCUGGCAAAAGAAAAAAGCUGAAGUUGGACAACAAUGAAGUAUAUUUGUUUUUAU